GUUCAGCAUGUUGUAUGGUUUCUGGCUUAUAAGUACAUGUAUAUUUUAAAUUUUGUCUGGAGCCAUGUUUCAGGGUAUCAUUCGACACAACACCUCAUCCCUUUAAUGCUGCUGGAACUACAGGUACCAAGAUGCACUACGGCAGUCGUAGUUGCAGAGGCAGGACAUGUUAAGGCAAGCUGCUUGAGACAGUCAAUCAGAACUUAGGAUCAGCGCUACCGCAAAGGUUGGACCAUGGACCAGGACAACACCUCCGAGGAUGAGUCCAUGGGUCCAUCAGAGGAUGAAUCCAGUCAAUCCAGAUUUCCUCUAGAACUCUCGGACUCGGAGGCAGUAGAGGUGCUGUGGCAGGUGCGUGCCCAGCGGCGGCAGAACAACCCGGUGCUGCCCGACACGGUGACCCGGCUCACCACGCCCGAGGGCUGUGUCGUCUACCUGGUGGGCACCGCCCACUUCAGUGACAGCAGCAAGAACGAUGUGGCCACGACAAUCCGUGCGGUGCAGCCAGACGUGGUGGUGGUGGAGCUGUGUCAGUACCGCGUGUCCAUGCUCAAGAUGGACGAGAAGACGCUGCUCAAGGAGGCCAAGGACAUCAACCUGGAGAAGGUGCAGCAGGCCAUCAAACAGAACGGUGUGAUGUCGGGGUUGAUGCAGAUUCUGCUGCUGAAAGUGUCGGCCCACAUCACAGAGCAGCUGGGCAUGGCACCGGGAGGAGAAUUCAGAGAAGCUUUCAAGGAGGCAGGCAAAGUGCCCUUCUGCAAGUUCCACCUGGGCGACCGGCCCAUCCCUGUAACCUUCAAACGUGCCAUAGCCGCCCUCAGCAUGUGGCAGAAAGCCCGGCUGGCCUGGGGUCUCUGUUUCCUCUCUGAUCCCAUCAGCAAAGAGGAUGUGGAGAAGUGCAAGCAGAAGGACCUGCUGGAGCAGACCAUGUCGGAGAUGAUCGGCGAGUUCCCGGCUCUGCACCGCACCAUUGUGGCCGAGCGAGACAUCUACCUCACGCACACCCUCCGCCAGGCAGCCCGCUGUGUGGAGGCUCCCUCCAACAACCAGAAAGUGCCUGCAGUUGUGGUUGGUGUAGUGGGCAUCGGCCAUGUUCCCGGAAUCGAGAAGAACUGGGACGAAGAACUCAACAUCCAGGAGAUCAUGAGUGUGGCGCCUCCGUCUCGUUUCGGCUGGGUUUUCCGCACCAUGCUGAAAGGGGUGGUGAUCGGCAUGCUGGGAUACGCCUGCUAUCGGGCAGGAGGGGGCGUCGGCCGAGCCGUCCUCUCCAUGCCUGCCGUCCAAUCGCUGCUUGAGAACAUCCGACCUCCGGCUGCUGCCUGACCCCACCCCGCACCCCUCCUCAUUCUACAAAAACAACACCCAACCCUUCCUUCUUUUCUCUCAGCCACCCACCCACCCAACCAACCAGGACAAGACAAGACAUUUCCACAUACACCGAUAGCCUUAAAGAAUGGAAAUGGGCUGGGGAGGCACAACACAACAACAGCUCUGGAAAUCAAUGGGCUUAGGCUACGGCCCCUCCCCCCAUGGCAACCCCUCUGAUCUCCAGCCCCUUCCAGACUUAAGUCUGCACACAGGUGCAGACAUGUACUGCCAAAGAACCAAAACAGUACUACUUUUUUAAUUUUUAAUUUUAUUUUAUUGUUCCUCACUCUCUUGUUCCAAAACAUCACAUAAGAAUAUUGGCUGAUGGGGUUUUAAAGUGACGGCUACAUUGAGAUACAUCUGAUGGGUAGUAGCACAAAGACCUCUUGCCUAACUUUCAAACUGGAAAGUACCAGUUUAGCUGGACCGAACGUCAGUUUUCUGGUUGCCCAUUUUGUGAUUAUUGCCAUUUAUUAAGUAGUAUCGCCCUCCUCUUUCUUCUGAUUUGUUUUUUUUGUGUUAUUUUCAUCCCUAAAAUCUGUAGAAUUUUGCCAAAUUGGUAUAAACUUCAACUUUGGUGGUUGUCUCAUCCAGUUGCAGGUGCGGAAGUCAACUGCUGCCCUCAUACGGUCAGGUACUGGCCAUUUUUCAUGUAGGUGACCAAAGUCUUUGUGUGUUUUAUGUUUCUGUCUCUCUCUCUCUCUCUGAAGCAUUUUUUAAUUGUUUUUUAUUUUGAUGGUGUGAGGAAAGAGUGCUUUUCUUCAUCUGGAUAGCAUUCCAACCUCUGGGCCGAACUUAUCUUACUUGUCAUAUUUCCACCCUGCAGAGUUUAGCAAUUAAAACCCUUUUUGUUUCUAAAGGACCUUUGUUAGCAACGGGUUAGCAACAGUUUGUGUAAAUCGUAGUAGGUAGGUAUAAGUGCCUCCUGACGAUCAUAUUAUGCACCCCAAGGAUUUAAAGUGUCUAAGAUUGUGUUCGGAUGAUUGCCUAUUGUGACGAAUGCAAGGGUGUAUGAUUGUUAUUUUGAUGCAUUCAAAUGCAACAGAGAAGUGUCUGCCAUUUUAAGUGUUGUGGCCGCAUUGUAUGUAAUGCUGGCGAUUGAAAUCCCGGCAAGGAAUCCCAGACACAUCUGUUUGAUGGUUAUGCUCUUUAUCUCAAACGUGUUCUCGCACAGGGGGGUGAAAUCUCUUCCUGCGCUGGGCAAAACCAUUUCCGAUGAACUAAUAUCAUUUCGCCACUUAAAAGAUGUGCUCACUAUUACUCUGUACUUAGUACUUUGUACUGAGGAACUACAUUCAGGAAUGAAAAAGAAAUCAACCAAAAAAAAAACAAAGAGAAACGGUUCCUGAAUCUGGACCAUUUGUGGUAAACUGCCACAAUGUUAUAUUUAUGGCUUGCUCUAUUCAUCCAUGCUUUACUGCUUUUACGGUUUUGUUUUGCGUUACGUUAAUGAAGGGGAUGGUGGAUGUGAAUGUUAGAUGGUGGAGUGGAUGACUGUACCAGAUCUGGACCAUAGCAGGACCAGGUCCAUUUUCAGAUCGAUUUUGAUGGUUUAAAAAAAUGCACCUCAGAUUACUGUGCUUUUCCACUUUGCACAAUUUAGACCAUCCUUCAAGAGUAAAACUGAAGUGUGCUCAACAUCUCUGCUUCAGAUUGGUGAUGCAAGCAUUACUUAUUUUCCCUACAAAGACAAUGGCCCAGGCAAAGCUAACUUGAUUGAUUCCUGGGGUGCAUUUCUCGAAAGCUACGUUGUUAGCCUGUUAGCAACUUGGGUAGUUGCCAAUGGGAAAUUGUAUUGCAAACAACAAAGUAACUAACAUAGAAAGAAACUAUCAUUUCAAGAAAUGCACCCCUGAUCUCUGAAAUCUCAAAAUGUAUUAUCAGGUCAGAUGUGUGUUACAGUUUCUAUGAACUGUUUAUUUGAAUGAGUGAAAUAACACACUUGAGAUUGUAGCCGCUAUGUACAUAACAAAGUAUCAAGUUGAAUCUUUUGCGAUUCUGAAAAAUGAGAGAUUAUUUAGAAUGCAUGUCUUGUCUUUAAUGCUGUACUUGGCAUGAAGGGGUGUACUACGACCUGUAGAAUCUUGAUGUUUGGGAUGGGGAUAGUGGAUGUUAAGUCAAGCCAGCCAUGGUACAAAUCGAGCGUGCGUUUCUCAAAAUCAUAUUUGCUUGCCAGUUAGCAACUUAGGUAGUUGCCAAUGGUAAAGUUCAUUGUAACCAGCAAAGUAGCUAACAUGGGUAGCAGCUAUGGUUUUGAGAAAUGCACCCCUGACCUGGGUUUGAGGUAGACCCUGGCCAGGUCAGGGCCAGACCUGUCCCUGAUGGAAAUCCUUGUAGGGUAUGAUAUUGCCGCCCUGGCAUCCUGCAAUGGCCACAGACUGAUGGUUGGGGGUGUAGUGUUUUGGUAUGGUGAAAAAAAGCCUUAUUCAGUAUACAUUGCUGCCUUUUUAGACAUGUAGGUUGCUUCCAUAUUGGCCUUGGCUUGUUCGUCUCUUUUGCUCUUGUGUAUCUGUACGUGUAUGUGUGUGUGAGAGUAUGUGUGGAACACUGGGUUGAAUCAGUGUGGAGACGUGACUUGUGAAUUACUUGACCUCACAUUUGGGAUGGAGUGAAAUUUUGUUUUUCUCUUCUGACGAGUGUUUUUUUUUUUUUUUUGAAGGCCGGGGUUGUGUUUUUAAAGCAUUUAGAAAAUAUUGUCCUUUGAAGGUUGGAACACUCUUUGCUAGUAACUGUGUUGUGAGGGCUCACUGACUGCCAGCAGCUAUCCUGACUUGUCAGAGAUCUUAAUGUAACCCUUUUUGGGGUGAAAAAAGCACUUUUCAUUCCACAAUGUCUGCUGAACUCCCUUAAUGGACAAGUACUAUGCAUAUUGAGCCGUGGUUUCUAGAAAUGACUGAUCCGCUUUCAACACUCAGUAUCUCAUGAGGACAAGUGACCUGCUGUUGAGUUUUGCACUCAGAUAUGGAGUUGGAGUGAUUGCAACACACAAGGACAUUUUCAUGGACAAACGGAACCCAUUUUAUAUGCCAAGAACUCAUUCAUUGAUGGUGAAGCUGUUGGUUGUGUUCACAUUGGCUUCUUAUAAGUGUAAUUAAAUGCAUUUGGGAAGGUCUUUUUUAUCAUAACAUCUUGAAUGAAUGAAGGGUGGUGGUGGUAUUUAUUCAUGUUGAACCAACUUCAGAUCAUGUGUGUCCUUGUUCUUUUUGGGGAGGGAUUGUCAUCAUGAGCACACCAACUUUUGAAUGCCUGAAUCUGUACUCAUCUGUACAAGUUUUAAAUUGAAAGACAUUAUCUAUGAUA